GAAGUGGGUGGCGUCUCCAAUGCAUCAGCUGAUUGUUACCUGCAUUUCGGAGAGAGGGCGCCAUUUUAGACAAAAAAAACCCCCACAAAUGCUCCGUUACAGUUUGCCUGCGUCCACUUGAAACCAAGCGGCGGCAGGCUUUGUCGCGGUUCAAGCGCCCGUAGUAUCUGCUCUGAUGAGAUUUAGCCCUGCGAGCUCUGCCUUCCCGGGACCGCGGUUAUGGCGACAGCCGCUGGCAAGAGCUACUGUUUCAAAGUAGUACUGCUGGGAGAAGGCUGUGUGGGUAAAACCUCCCUGGUGUUGAGAUAUUGUGAGAAUAAAUUCAGUGACAAGCACAUCAGCACGUUACAGGCAUCUUUUUUGACGAAGAAGUUGAAUAUCAGUGGGAAGCGAGUGACUCUUGCGAUAUGGGACACAGCUGGACAAGAACGGUUCCAUGCUUUGGGCCCCAUUUACUACCGAGAUUCUAAUGGUGCUAUAUUAGUCUAUGAUAUCACUGAUGAAGACUCAUUUCAGAAGGUGAAGAACUGGGUGAAAGAGUUACGGAAGAUGCUCGGCGGUGAAAUCUGUCUCUGUAUAGUCGGAAAUAAAACCGACCUGGAAAAGGAUCGUAACGUGAUAAUUGAGGAAGCAGAAGCCUACGCAACAUCUGUAGGAGCAAAGCACUUCCACACCUCGGCCAAAUUAAACAAAGGCAUUGAGGAACUCUUCCUUGAAAUCUGCAAAAAGAUGCUUCAAGUUGCCCAGGCAGAAGAAGCAGCGAAAGUGAGUGAUGCCACGCUGAUGGGGAGUGCAAGGCGGGGUAUACAGAUUAUUGAUGAUGAGGCAGAACCAGUAAGCAGUGGAGGCUGCUGUUCUUAAACCAAAACGUGCCACUAAGCAGAGACUGAGAUUACAGAGAUCUGGGGGCACUGGACACAAUGAGACUUUCAUUAACAAAUAGUGAUGGAAUUAAACAGCUGAUUUGGAGGUGGUGAUUAGGAGGCUACAGGCUUUUUUACUGAGCUGAUGGCAAAGAAUCUAUGGCUUCCUCUGGCUGCAAUUAUUUAUAUACUAAUGAUGGACUGGCAGGAAUAUAAAGUGCUUCUGCAGGACUUCAUGAAAAAGCAACAGCUGCUUUGGGAACUGGAUCAAAUGAUGAAAGAAACAUAAGAUAAGCAGUCUGCACAAGGUGGAGUUUUGUUAAAGUACGGUGAUGUUCAAUCUAGAGAGUAGGCCAGAGGACUACUGUCUGGUAUAAUGUAAUCUGACAGCAAGGAACUUGAAUUUGAUAUAAUCCUCUGAUUAUCCCCAGUAGGCAAUGCAGGUGGCACACUACAGGUGUUGUCUGUGAUUUGUGUUGCAUGUGGUGCUUCUCAAUUAAUUAUGCUUAUCCAGCUUUUUUCAACCCACCCAAACACAAGCUGGUUAGACAAGUGCGGAGCGCAUGCAUGUUUUGUAAACAUGAUGGGUGUUAGAUUUUUAGGUGACUAAUAGCAACUUGCCCUGUACACAUAGCUUUUUUCAGUUGCACUCGUGGCACUUUAUAACACAAUCUAUUUGUGUGGCCUUUUGGACAGGGUUUGGCUUGCAUUAGUGCAAUUAAGUUUUUGAAUUUUGUGCUUAUGUUAAAAUAUCUUGCACUGUUUUAUAAGAGUUAUGCUAUUAACAUUGUAUCCAGUAUUGACUCUAAGCAGUGUUAUGAAAGCUCUGUUUAGAUUUCUCCAUCUUCCAUAAUGUAGACAUCCAAAUAGCUGGCCUAUUCUCUAGUCUAUGUAUUGCUUAAGGUCAGUAAAAUAUCUUGUGAUUCUAACUAACACUUUGCACAUUAUUGCAAAAUACUUUGGACACACUACAGUAAUUCUUGGGAGUUAUGGUUAAGGCACAUAGGAUCAAAAUAAACUAUCCUGGACAAAGUUAUACUUUCUAUAUUUGUAUGUAUUUAUUUGCCCAAUUUGUUCAGUAAUAAGGAGGUCUGUUCUCUGCUGUUAAUUAUCUUGAACUACAAUUUUGACCAUGUUCUUUGAAAUGUAAAUCUAAAUGUAAAAUAACCACAAAGAUAUUUUUAUUUUAAGGUUAUCAGGCCAAUGUUUUGUCUAAGUAUUCUCUGCAAUUUUGUUACAUUAAAAAAAUAAAGGACUAGCUUUUAAAUUCUGGUUGAAUAUUC